AUGCCAUACGCUCUGAAUGCAUGGGUAUAUGAAUGUGCAUCUCAAGUGCCCUCUGAAAUUACUGUAAGAGUGGGUAAUAAAAUUUUCAGAAUUCUUAAAUGGCGUGUUGUUUCCGUGAAGUCAAAAUUUGAGACCUUCAUGUCUACCAUCUUCAGUGAGUAUCGAUGCUCCAACAUUGUGUCAUCUCAACAUGAAAUGGAAUCUAUUGUCAUUCAUGGCAGUCAACAUCAACCUGAAGCUUCUACAUCAGCUGCCAAGGUCAAUUUUAAAAAACCUCAUGAAGUCCCCGAAUUUGAGGACUUUUCAACAACACCACCCACAGAAUUAUUAAAAAGAUCUAGUCAUGUCGCUGAUACAUCUUCUCCACCUCCUUCCAAAAAAAUGAAUACUACCCCUGCUAAAGAGACAAUUCAAGUAAAAACAACCAACAUGCAUAAGGAUGUCAUACCACCAAAUGAAUCAGAAAAGCAUGUUUCUCAUGAUAAUGUACCAGAGGCGAAGUCAACGGUAGGAGGUGAAUCUUCCAGUCAUUCGGAGCAAAUUGUCGACCGAAAGUUCAAACGUUUGGAGAAUAAAAUUGAUUCAAAUCAUAUUGAUCUUUUGAAAGCCAUUGACAGUAUAGCGCAUUGCAUGACUAGCACAUCAUCUCAAUUUAAAACAGAUGAUUUUGAUCAAACAUUCUAUAUAGUGGAACAACAACAAGCACCUACUGGAUCAGAGGAGCACAAUCUUGCAAAUAAAUCUGACCCACCCCAAGCAAAUGACCAAUCUAAUGUCCAGGAAGAUAUUAAGGUGGACAAUGUAUCAGAACAAAAUAUUUCAUCAGAUGUUCCAGAAUCAUUUGAUCAACAUGUUUCUUCUGAUACAUUAAAGAACAAUGCAAAGAAAGAUGGAAGAGUAGCCGUUGAUAAAACUGAUAAAGUAGAAGAGCAAGUUGAGGAGUUUAUAAAAGAAAAAAUCCAACCAAACACAUCGGAAUCCAAUACUUCAACAUCAUUUUCGACCGAAACUCUGGAUGUGAUAGAUACUCUAAUUUAUGGAAUUCCAUUACCGGCCAUGCCAUUGACCGUUGUUAGUCGUGAGCAAGUAGUUCAGGAUGAAUGUCUAUUAUGCGAUAGCUAG